AUGACGGUCUCACUCAUUCAGCGUCCUCUACGUGGAUCUCGUAUUGCUUCUUUCUAUCCAGUAAAGAGCUUGCCUGCCCUUUCCUCUUUAGACAGCGCGUUUCAGCUCCAAGAAUACAUUUCAUUGCUCAUUCGGCUUGAUGUUCACGACGUGGAGACUAUUGUAUCCAUUCCAGGGAAAAGCAGUCAAAAUGAACAGGAGGGGGGCGCGGGUGGCGUGCACGGAGAGUCCGAUAAUGGAGAGGAUGCGAAGGGGCCCGAUGCCGACAAAGAGCGGAAGCCCGAAGUCAUGGUCGACAAAGCUUGCUGGAUAUACGAGCAGCUGAGGCGACUUGCUCAGGACUUGACGCAUCCGUUAAUUACAAUGCUUCAGCAGGAAUGCACGCGCGCAACUUGCCCAGAAAUGAAAGCAGGAGAAUGGCUUUAUUUAUGCGUUGCACACGGCACGGAUGGUGCAAUGGAGUCAUGUUGUGCCAUAGAUUACAUUCUGCAUACCCUGGACAGCGCAACUGCGCUCCUCAACUCGCCUCGCACUUUCCCUUCACGUCUACAAAUCCCCCCUGCGUCCCACCGCCACUUUUCGUCUCUUGCUCGGCGACUUGGCCGUAUCUUCGCGCACGCCUAUUUCCACCACCGCGAGGCGUUUGAGCAAGCCGAAGCGGAAUCUUCACUCUACGCCCGGUUCCUCGCCUUGACGAGCAAAUUCGAUCUGGUGCCCCCCGAGUUCCUUGUUAUCCCGCAACGCUUCGCCCACCACGAUCCGGCGUACAAUGGAGAAGACCACGACAGAAUGGGGAGAGACGUUGGGCCACCUAGUCUACGCUCUGCUUCGCUCCAACCGCAACCCCCUUCCGAAACUCGCGAUCAGCACCCUGACCUUCUAGAGCCCUCGAGGACACACUACGGCCAUCCCCUAGGCGGGCCGCCUGGUCUGGGUAUCGACACAUCCCCUGCCCCAAUCGCGGACACAUCUGCGCCAGUUAUCAGCGAGAGCGGUAAUGAAUCUCCUAGGAAAGUCGGGAGAAGUAGGACGGACACUAUGGUCCUCAGCGACGUGUCGUAUAUCACUGAGGAGCUCGCAAAAUCCGACUCGGGAAGCAAGACCGUCGAAUUGGCCGCUCCUGCGCCUAUGGAGAGCAAUAACUUCCAAAUACUAGGGCGCGCAGUUAGCAGCGAGCCCCCUUCUAUCAAUCCCUUUGAGCAGUUUUUGGAUGCUCCAACUCCAGAUCCACCUGCUGCAUCCGAUGCACUCGCGGAAAGGCCACAACCUGCGCCUUUGGAUGCGCCAAGGGAGUUGGAAGAGAUCGUCCCAGAGGCAGGACAACCUCCUGUAGAGCAAGAGCAAACCGUUGACCAGCCCUUCAUCACACCCUCAUCCUCCACCGCUCCUACCGAAGCGGUCCCAGAAGCAGCAGCAUCAAUUGUCGAGAAGCCAGAGGAAAGCAAGGAACCGAUAGAACAACCACCCUCGCUGAAAGCAGAGACAACGGACGAUUCUACUGCGGCCCCUGAUGGAGCGAAGCCUGAACCUCCCGUCCCUCAAACUGCAACAGUGGAAGAAACCCCCUCAUCAGCUCUAGGGCUAUCGGAAGCUCCACUGACGACGCCCCUCCCCGCCGACGAAGCUCAAGAGCCCGUUCCUCAGCCAGAGGCAUCGACAACAGCACCACCUGAUCCGUUGCCCUCCAUCGAAGAAACGCCCUCCACUGCUGACGAUCCACCGACGUCCUCCGCCCUUGCGGACCCAGAGACUCCAGAGAAGGGCGAAGCUGAUACAACAUUCGGCGAGGACCCCUCGCCUUCCGUCGUCGAUGUGCCUGCUAGCGUCGAGAGCGAUGUUUCGGCUCCAUCCGCUUCCGCUGAAGCACCAGUUCCAGCCACUGACUUGGCCGCUUCGUUAGAACCCGCCUCGAGCGAGUCUGACAAGGCCACUGAAUUAGACGCAGAGGUGAAGGAGAGUACGAAGGCCGAAACAACGGAUUCAGCGGACGCUCCUUCGACCACCUAA